GCCGCCGCGGGUCCACCCGCCGUCGCCCCUCAUGGCUACCACUCCUCCCCCUCUCCCCCCUCCCAUUGACGCCUCCUCCGUCGACAAGCUUCAGCUUGCCGCGGACCGCUCGGCGAUCAACUGGCAUUCCUUCGUCGGGAGCAUCCGCCGUGUUCUCCAAGAUGCAUUCGUCGGACCCUACUGCGUCCUUGACGUCCUCCUCCGCCGCCCGCAAGCCCUCCAGCCCACGGCACCCAAUCACCCCGGCGAACCCCCUCCACCCCCCAUUCCUCCUGGUCCUCCUCCUCCUGAACCCACCUUGGAGAUCGCCACUACCCCAGCGCUCCAAGAUGCCGCCGAUGCCGCAUUUCUCCACGAUCGCCGCGAAUACCUCAUCCGCAAGGCGGAGCAUGAGGUUGCGGUACAUAACCACGACUUCGCGGUAGCGGAACGCGCCAAUCGCCUGGCGCUCCUUGAUGAGUACAAUACGGCCAUGGCGGACUACCUCCCUCGGAGCAUCGCAUGGGCCACUGCUGACAACCGCGCCUGCACCAUCCUCCUCGGCGCACUCCCUGAUACCCUCAUGCGCCGUUUCCAAGCUCGCGAGAUGCGCGCCUCCCUCAUCUGGGCCGAGCUCCAGGCCAUGUUCGAGCGUCGCGACAUCAGCUCUGUCGGCGCCCUGUUCCAGGAGUACUUCUCCAUCACCCUCGCCACUUGUGAUGGCGCAGUUGACUACGUGGGGCGCAUGCAGGAGGUCGCUGAUCGCCUUGCGGCACGCCAAGCUGCCCUCCCCGAGCCCCUGCAAAUCCACCGCCUCCUCUACAACCUCACCCCGGACUACGAGUCCCGCCUCCAUACCUUCACUGAGGCCAACCCCAUGGCCGGCCUCGACGACGUGGUCCAGUGGAUCAUUGACACGGAGGUCAAGCUCCGCACCCCCGUUGUCAACCUUACCACCCCUCAGUCCUCCUCCUCCACCUCCCUCAACGCUACGCAGCCGCGCAACCAGGGUGGUCGCAGCGGCGGCGGCGGAGGCCGUGGAGCGGGUGGCGGUGGUGGUGGUGGUGGAGGCCGUGGUGGUGGCGGUGGUGGUAGUGGUGGCCGUGGUGGCCGUGGUGGCGGUGGUGGUGGUGCUGGCAGCGCCCCUGCUGGAGGUGCUCCGGAUCAGCAGCAGCAGCAGCAGCAGCAGCAGCCGCAGCAGCAACAGCAGCAGCAGCAGCAGCCGGGACAGCAGCCGGGGCAGCAGCAGCAGCAGCAGCCGGGCCAGCAGCAGCAGCAGCAGCCGGGCCAGCAGCAGCAGCAGCAGCCGGGCCAGCAGCAGCAGCAGCAGCCGGGCCAGCAGCAGCAGCAGCAGCGGCAGCCGGGACAGCAGCAGCAGCAGCAGCAGCAGCAGCAGCAGCAGCAGCAGCAGCAGCAGCAGCCUCAGCAGCCUCAGCAGCCGCAGCACCAGCACGCUCCUUGA